UAAGUGCAAUUUUCCAAGCUUCUUGUCCUGAGAGAAAAAAAAAAAACUUAAUGAUUGUUAGGCAAAUUUUGUAGUUUGGACACCAUUCAUUUCACAAUUUUACCUUAAAAGUUUGUAUUGUAUCGAAUAAAAUGUUAACCUUUUAAUAAAUUUCAAGAGUAAUGUACAUUAAAUGUGGAUAACAAAUUAGACCUCCACUUUAGACUAAAAUUAAGUGAUAUAUGACUCAUUACUCAUAAAAAAACUAUUCUAAACUAAAGUAAAUAUUCCUCAAAGAAUGAUUAAAAUAAGAGUUUGAGAGGUUUGUUAUUAAGAAGCCACUUGUUUUACUUAUAUUAAGAGGAUUAAACAAUAUAGUACUAACCCACUUAUCAAUAAGAUAACAAAGUGUUUGAGCAGUGGUAUAAUUAUCAAGAAGAAGAGAAAGCACUAUUAUCUAAUCAGGUUUAACCACACCUCUGUCAUAGGCCAUGUCUGGUGUUUGUUUGUCUGUCGGUAACAUGUAUUUGAGUUGGCUUCUAAUAAUAGUGGUUUGUGUUUUAGUUUUGUGUAGGUUCCAGCUGUUCAACAGUUCUCAGAUGAAGAUAUUAGAUAUUUAUAAUCUGCCUGGGAAGUGGUAUUCUUUCAAGUGUACAUUGGUUGUUGUGUUUUUGACAAUUAGAAAGUUUAUAGCACACUACACAGCUAAACGAGACUUAGAGCCUGGCUAUGGAGUGCUCUCUCAUGAUUUCCCAGAGGAAAUGGAUAAGAAGCAGUCUCUUUCAGAAGAUCCAAAGGCUUUUGAUGCAGUCUACAUGAAUGGAGCUAACAGGAUUGGCUGGUACAUUGUGGUUGGACUGGCUCGUCGGCAACUCAAUGUGGAUGGAUUUUUACUACUUAAGGUUCCUGGAGUAGGACUGCUUCUCUCUCCGAAGCUGCCAGAUACAGUACUGAACGUUGAUGAAGCAGAAGACUCAAGCUUCUCGUCUGAAGGCCUCAAGCUGACACCUCUUCAACCGAUGACUUGUUGGUGGCUCCAGUACAAAGGCAUGAUGAGAUUGUCUCACAAUCCACAAAAGAAGUUCCAAGUACAAUUAGAUGCAAGGUGGCAGUCAGAUUUGGGGUUCUUCAACUAUGACACUGACAUGCCUAUGAGAAGUUUAGCGAAAGGGUUAAGCAAUGAGACAUGGACAAAAAACUAUUUUAAAUGUUUAAAAGAUCAUCACCAAACCCAUUACGAGCAAUUUGGGGAAUUGACUGGAAAUGUUAUAAUUGAUAAUGUUGACUUCAAUAUUAAUAUGUCUGCUAUGCGAGACCAUUCUUUUGGUUACAGACGAGAAUGGAAAGCCUUUCACAGAUAUGCGUUACACAUUUUUACUUUGGCUGACGGGACUCGAGGUAAUGUAGGGGUUAUCUGCAUUCCCAACAUGUUUUCCAGGCUGGAAAUUGGCUAUGUGUAUGAAAAAGAGGGCUCUCUGGAACCACUUACAGAUUUGGAUUUUGAACUGUAUCAACAUGGAGAAAAUGGAAUUCCACCCAGUGACUAUGGAUUUACUUUCAAAACAGGACAAAAGUGUUACGAAGUUAAAGUACAAGUGGAGGAAACAACAGAUUUAUACUUAGGACUAGAUUGGGAGGCUCGGAUCACAGAGAGCCUGUCCCGCUUUACAGUGAAUGGUGUGGAGGGGUGGGGAGUGGUAGAGUGGAUGUAUGCUCACCGCAGUGGCAGAAGACCCGCAGGCCACAGUCAGUUAGCUGUUUCUUUACGAUGAACAAGAUGUGGUGAACUGGUGCGAUGUACGGCCCACGUUCCCGACAGAACAGACACGAUUGGAAGGACUGGAUUACCAGAUAACAGUUAAUUUAUGUACAUAUUCACAACUUGACGUACGAUACAUGUACAUAUUCGUCAUUGUCAAACAAUUUUACAUGUAUGGUCAAAUCUGGACAUUGUGUCUAGCUUUCUGUAUAAAACUGUAAAGUAAUAGAUUAAACCGAGUCCCUUAAAGCUAAGCAAUAAAUAUUUUAGAAAUUCUUUUAGUAAAAACUAAAUAAAUUAAUUGAGCAGAAAUUUAUUGAUUGAAAAAAGGACUGUCUGAUUGCAAGAAAAUACUAAUGAAAGUCCGAAACAGAUAUCUCUGAUAAUGUUUUAAUACCAGCUCACCUUAAAGUAGACGAAUGAGUCCUUAAUUUUAGAAUACCUUGGGUUCAAAGCACAUACAUUUGAAUAAAAACAAUGCCAAAACGAACUUGUGAAAAUUACAUAAUAAUAUUGGACACAGCUUUGUUAAUUUUUUAAAAGACCUUGAUUAAUGUCAACAGUAAUGUACAUGAUGUAAUGUGAUACUUUAAAAUAAAUAAAUAAAAGAGAGAA